CUCUGGCCACAGCCGUGGUCCAGUUGUGGAUGGCCCUGCCUCACAGUCCGUGUCAGUGGAGUCUGCAGCACACUGGGACCGUGUGCUUCGUCAAGGACAAUCCUCGACAAUCCUACUUCAUAUGCCGUUUUAACAUUAAGAUUCCACUAUUUACCCUGCUACAGUAUGCUCUUUGUGUAGAUUGUCACUUCAAACUCUGUAAUCAACAUUGGCUAUGUUAAGGACAAUACUGUAUUUAUCCAUCCAUGUAUUCAUGUUCAAUUCAUUGCAUGUUUAUGUACUGAGAAAAAACAUGAAUAACCUCAGCUGAAAUACAUGGGCGUGUCAUGAGUGUCCAAAUCAGUCUUAGCCACGUGGCUGUGCAUGUUUGUACUGUGUGUUUUGUAUAGGAGGGGAAGCAGAUAUGGGAACAAGAGCUGUACAACCAACUGACGUACCAUAGUCCUCAGUCAUUCUUCCACACCUUUGCUGCUGAUGUGUGUAUGUGACUGACUCGGUCGUGUGUACUGCAGGACUGUGUUAGCCUGCUAAGCUAAUGCCUAGCCCUUCAGGUCACAGGCAGGGUUUCUCAUUAUUUAAGCUUUACCUGGUAGUACCUUCAGUGUCGGUUUCAUAUACAGCGCCCCUAUCAUAUGUUCCCCCUCAAGUCUACCUGUCCUGAGUGUGCCUUCAGUGUCCAGGGGCAGACACAUAAUCAAUUUCUACAACUUUUUUUAAAGCAUUUUUCCCCAACAAAAGGCAAUGUUUUACUUGCAUCAUGCAAUAUGCAGAACAUAUUACACUGGUCACCCCUGUAGUUUGAAAUCAAUAACGGCUGAUGUUAUGCCACAGGAAUGUCAGGUAGGCCUUCAUUUAGCCAGUGAACAGGAGGCAGAGAUGUUCCAAAUCCCUGUGGAGGACAAGAUCAACCAGAGGGCCAAUCGUCAA